AUGGACACAACAGAAUGGGAAAAUUUGGUUUUAUUCAACAACAAAGGAGCAAUUGUUUGGCAGUAUUUUGAUUACCCUACAAACACAUUGCUUGUUGGGCAGCAGUUAUACGAGGAUCAAAAACUCAUUCCAAGUUCCUCAAACUUAUGGGCUUGUGGUUUGUGCUUUGCCGCAUUGAAAUUGGCUACCAGUUUUGUUACAUACAUAGGAGGUAGUGAUGGGCAUUUGAAGAUAUUUCGUCACAGUAAUACCGAUGGGUUGAGGGAGAUUGUUGAUAUGAUUACCCGUGAUUUAGGUGAAUGUCAACAUCCUCACACUGUGGUGAAUAUGGCUUAUGCAGAAAAAGCCAGUAGGCACUAUCUUGUUGAAGUUAGAAAUGUAAGCUACUUCAACCUCAUCGACGAAGAUGCUGCAUUUCCAAAUAUCAGUGACAUAGACAGAUGCAGAGAGAUCUGUCUGCUAAAUUGUUCCUGUGGUGCAGUCUUUUUCAGGUACAACAAUAAUGCUUCUGAUGGGUAUUGUUAUAUCCCAUCCACGCUAUGUGUUGCAACAGAAGAUUUUAAGGAGAGAUUGGGUGGUGGAGCAUUUGGAACUGUGUUCAAAGGGAUGUUGGAAGAUGGCACUCAGAUUGCAGCGAAGCGUUUGGAUAAAUUGGGCCAAGGGAUGAAGGAAUUCUUUGCUGAAGUGGAGACACUUGGACAUGUACACCAUGUUAAUCUUGUGAGGUUGAUUGCGUUUUGUGCAGAAAAAUCUUGCAGGCUUCUAGUAUACGAGUAUGUGACUAAUGGCUCAAUUGGCAAAGGUCGGAAGAAGAUUAUACUUCACAUAGCCAAAAGGCUGGCUUACCUGCAUGAAGAAUGCCGACAGAGAAUAAUUCACCUCCAUAUAAAGCCACAAAACAUUCUCUUGGAUGAAGAUUUAGUGCCAAAAUCUCUGAUUUUGGGUUAUCCAAGUUGA